AGCUGGCAUGUUGAGAAGGUACAAAACAUGUAUACGGCCGGAUGGCAGGUUCUUACAGCUGCAGAAAAAGAGUCAUUUAUGAUUUCAGCGUGCGUGGCAUCAGCUAGUCAUUUUCAGAGCUGCAUUCCUUAAGCUUGUGGUGACGGUCAAUGAUCAGCUGUCCAGGACAUAAGCCGAGUUUGAAAGUCUUUGUUCGGCUACCCGACAGUGCUAAAUGGGGCCAUCGCUUACGACCGAAGCGCAUGCACAUCAGGGGUAAGGCAGCAUAAAGGCAUGUGGUUCAUAUAGCUUUGACUGAAGUCCUCUCAGCGCAGCGAUUUUCUGCCACGACAAGACUCUUCAGGCGGAGAGCCUCUUCUGGCUCCAAGGUGGAAAAAUCGUGGUUGCUAAUACUUGCUAUCUAUGUCGACGACCUCCUUACAAUUUCUUGGCAUGAAGAUUCGCUAUUGCCUGAUGGCACCAUUACUCCAGGCCAAAGCUGCUAUUUUCGCGAGAUAUUGGCUCGAGUUGACUGAACAGACUACAGACCCGUGGCCACACCAAUGAACUUUGCAUCACAAUCGCGUUGACCCAAACCGGUGAAAGAUAAUCAUUGGAUUGCCUUGGCCAACUACCAGCACCACGCGAAGGAGGUGAACAGAGCGAAGUACAAAGCGAAGGUCUACAGGGAGGCUACUCUUUCUGAUGCUUUCCAAGACGAUGCCUCAGCCACACACACGACGAUGCCCGUAGAGCGUCGUCUGCUCGUGUCGAUGAAAUGGCUUAUCCCCUGAGAUCAACCUGUCUCAUCUUUGUUGCCGUAGCAUGACCAGUGACUUGAAGUCAAGCAGAGGACAAUCAGAAGGCUGCUCGGCUCGCAAGUCUGGAAGAACAUCGAAGCUAUCACGCAAGGCACAAGACGCAGAGCCGGGCAGCACAUCCAUGAGCAAGGUCAAGACUGCGGCAAAACAAGCAAAGAAGGCGGCAGCACGUCUGUAGUGUAUCGUAGAU